AUGAGAAAGGUCAAAGGCAUGCGAGCGUUCAGGCCCAAUGCUCCGCCAACGAACCCCAGGGCUUGGGGCGUAGCCCUGGACGCCGCAGGUGACAUCCUUGCGCCGCAUCUGCUUGGUGGAGACCAAAUGGAAACGAUGACUGAUGUUCUUUUCAAGAUGAGAACACACCGUGCCAUACUUCGUGGUACGGGCUUCUAUGAAGCGUUCAGAACGAUGCAAGACCGGAGGAUGGGCUGGCUGCCUGGGCUGUGUUAUACCUGGCACAAUGAUUACUACCUCAUACAGUGCAUUCUUGAAGAAGCGAAGGACAUUGACCGGAAUCGCUUCCGGGAGUAUAUGAGGCAUCGUGCGCUCAACAUUGGUAUCGUCAUCGGCGAACCGAGAUCCGGAAAGACCAGGAUGGGAGCUGCUGCUGCUCUCUGCAUGGCGGCCAAACUCGGGCAAAUCUUGUGUUCUGGUCCAUCGCAUGCGGCGAUUGACCUCUUUGCCAGUCGCCUAGACACCAGAAGCCAUGCUGUAGCGGCGCGGUACAAUACUAUCCUACCCGCGGGCCACCCUGGUAGACGCCGCCAUCAUCUGGUGAUACGCAUGUACGCUCAGGGCGAUGAACUGUUGGCGAUCAAACAACUUUUGAACAACCCCCAGGCUGUUGACUGGGCGCAGAACAUGGGUGAGUUCUAUCCAGGAACCCACUGGAAGUUGCACCUCUCUUUGGCCUACUGGACCUUGGCUAUCUUACGGUCGAGUGCUGUACCAGCCCUCGACGCCAAUUGCAAGCCAGGCCUACGCGCUGUGCAAAAUUACCUCGACAACCAAGCAGAUGUCUUACCACUCCGCCAGGUCGCGCGUGGAGCCAUCAGCUGGGCUCAAUACACAGCCACGCCGAAUACCAUUCCGAUCAUUGAGAAAGUUAUGGCCAUGGUCAUGCGAGAGGCCGACUUCCUCUGCGUCCAUCCAACAGAUGCUGAGAUCUCGCCGGUUCCCAGUUGGAGAAGUCAUUUUGCCCGAGGUCUCGUAGUUGAUGACGCGGGCCGCAUGAAUCGAGCCGACUUUUACGGUCUCUGGGGGAACACACUCCUUCCCGUCUUUCUCGUUGGUGAUCCCGAUGAGAAGCCUGUGGUUCUCACGACCGACGAGACCGACAGUGACGGCAAUCUGUACAAUCGAUUUGCGGCAGAUGGUGCCGUUUCGCCACUGAAAUAUCUCAUGGCAACUGGCAUCCCCGUCUUCCGUUUGUAG